UGUCCACUAAACCAUGAAAAAAGUUUGCACUAAAAUUAGUCUUAAAAAGAUGAAAUAAACGAGCACCCUCUUUAGGUGCUGGGGGAACCAAUAAUCUAUGUCACACGUAAAUCUCCACUAUCUGAUAGCUACACUGACCAAAAAAAACAAAAAGAAAUUAGUAGUAGGUGAUGACUGGAACUCUGAGAUUUUUGCCUAUAAAUAUAUAACUUGGUUCGACUUCGUUUUAUAAUUUAUCAGGACAGGAAAUGGAGGAUUUGUUUUUGUUUUUCGUUGUUUUGAUCUUUAUAUUGAUGAUGAACAAUGUUGUAGCAGCUCAGGGAGGACUGAGAACUGGAUAUUACUCUUCGUCGUGCUCGGAUGCCGAGUCCAUUGUCAGGUCGACUAUGGAAGCUUAUUAUGACAAAGAUCCUACUAUUGCUGCCGGCGUACUCAGGCUUCAUUUCCAUGACUGCUUUGUUCAGGGCUGUGAUGGUUCGAUUUUGAUCUCGGGAACUUCUUCUGAAAGAACUGCAUUGCCUAAUUUGGGACUCUUCGGGUUCGACGUAAUCAAGGAUGCCAAAAACCAACUGGAAGCCGCAUGCCCUGGAGUUGUCUCCUGUGCUGAUAUACUUGCAUUAGCUGCUCGUGAUGCUGUAGACCUGAGUGGUGGUCCAAGCUGGGGAGUUCCAACUGGAAGAAAAGAUGGAAGGAUUUCUUUAGCUUCUGAAGCCUCAAAUUUACCUUCACCUUUGGACACUGUUGCUGUCCAGAGGCAAAAGUUUGCAGCCAAAGGCCUAGAUGACCAUGAUCUUGUUACUCUUGUUGGGGCACACACUAUAGGCCAAACGGAUUGCUUGUUCUUCAGGUACAGACUAUACAACUACACAAUCACAGGGACGCCAGAUCCAAGUCUGAAUCAGGGAUUCCUUGUACAAUUGCAAACACUCUGUCCGAUCAAUGGUGAUGGCUCAAAAAGGGUGGCUUUGGACAAAGACAGUCAGUUCGAUUUUGAUGUGAGUUUCUUCAAGAAUGUAAGAGACGGGAAUGGGAUUCUUGAGUCUGAUCAGAGGCUGUGGGGUGAUCCUGCUACGCGUAAAAUUGUCGAUAAAUAUGCAGGAAACAUUAGGGGAUUACUUGGGCUAAGAUUUGAUUAUCAUUUCCCUAAAGCAAUGAUCAAAAUGAGCAGCAUUGAGGUCAAGACUGGUACUCAAGGAGAGAUUAGAAAAGUUUGCUCAAAAAUCAAUUGAAAAAUUUUGAUCAGUUUUGAGUUAGAUGUCAAUUAAUGUGUGAAUAAUCCAUCUGUAGUUUGUGUUUUUUUGUGCUUAAUUUAUAUAGAAAGCGAGCGGGAAGACUUUCUAAAAUAAAGCAUAUUGUUGCUCAAGCCUUUAUAGAAGAGGGGUUUCGAGGCCAUUGGUCAGUUUGAUAAUCACUUUUUGACGUCACAAAGAUAACCACUAUUGAAAAGUCUUAAUGAAAUCAUAAAAAUAAAUUGUCAAUUUAUGAUUUUUGUAUGUGUCUAGUGUUGUUUCGCGAAGUAAGAUUACGUAUAGGGAGCUAAUUUGUAAUUAUUGAACCAACUGUUAUUCUUCUUAGAUAACUUAUCAAAAAGAUAGAAGAAAACUAUGAAAUUGAUUUUUGUUGUGGCAUAUUACGUUACCACUAGGCUUUGGUUUAAUCACCACUUAGUUUCUUUCAUUAUACUAGAUCCAAA